ACUGACCACAAGCUUGUUUUCAACUAGCUUUAAAACGAAGACGUGUCCUGGCUACUUAAACACAACUACACAGGAACAAGGAACUAAAUCAUUUAAUCUUUAAUGGUUAAAGAGCAGAAAUGUCUGAUGACAUUUAUAACAAUGUCAUUGGGACUGAGUUUGAGAAAAUGAUCAAAGAUAUAGAGGAGAUGACAGUGGUUAAAUAUGAGAUUGUUGAUUGUGUGAGAGGUCGUGAAUUCAGGGCAGAGACGAAGACACCCCAACAACUUCAGCAGACAGGAAGUGAUUCAGUGAUGGUCAGAAACUACAGAGCAGCUGUAGUGUGUUUGGUGCUGCUGUGUGUUCUUCUGCUGACUGCAGUCAUAGUGCUGUGUGUCACACUCACUCAAGAGAGACAACAGUUCAUAACCAAGAAUGAAAACCUGACCAAUGAGAGAGAGCAGCUAAUACUCAAAAACACAAACCUGACCAAUGAGAGAGAGCAGCUAAUACUCAAGAACACAAACCUGACCAAUGAACUUCGUUUCUGUGUUGGAUGGACUUGCUAUCAGUCCAGUUUUUACUACAUGUCCAAAGAGAAGAAGAACUGGACUGAGAGCAGAAGAUACUGUACAGAGAGAGGAGCAGAUCUGAUCAUCAUAAACAACAGAGAGGAAAAAGAUUUCAUUCACAACAUGUCUGGUAAUGCUUUAUUUUAUAUUGGCCUGACUGACAGUGAAGUGGAGGGCAGAUGGAAAUGGGUAGACAACAGCACACUGAACUCUAGUGUCAGCUUCUGGGCGUCAGGAGAGCCAAAUGGAGGACAAGUCGGUGUAGAAGAGGACUGUGUUGUGACUGUAGCUGUGCCACAGCCAGGGUGGGAUAAUUUACUAGGCUGGCUUGAUGUUGCAUGUGAUACAACUUAUCAAUGGAUCUGUGAGAAGAGGAUUUCACAGUUCAUUCUACCAUAGGAACAUCACACACCUUUCUGACACAAGUUCAACAAUCAAAACUUUUGUAAUAAUUGAUUAUCAUUUAAAAGUGUUUCUCAACCUUGUAUCUGGAAGACGCCCACAACCGCACAUUUUGACUCCCAUUUCAUGUCCAAAAUACAAAAUGUGCAAAAUGGGUCUCCAGAAGUGUGUUUCAUUCAGCCACAAAUGCUUUGUAAGUGAACAUCAGAGUUUUUCAAUUUAUAAGUGAGGUUUCAGUCUUCAUUUUUUAUUUGUACAUUAUCCAGUUAUACAUCACCAGUCUCUGCAAAACACUCCAGUACUUAAAACAAGUUUGAAUAAAACAAAAGUGUUAAACAGGA